AUGGCGGUCCAACCACUAGAAAGGCAGCUGCGUUCCCGGAGAUCUACGCUGCUAGCAUCGCUGGGUCGGGCAGAGGCUUUUGAUGCUGAUUUCGACGUUCAACGAGACCAAACGCAGGUAACAUUAAGGUUACAAUACCUUUCCGGAAUAUGGGAUAACUUAGAGGCCGUGCAGGCUCAAUUAGAGGACAUUGAAGCCAGUCCAGAGGGUCAAGCGGAGCAUGCAGCGGCGCGUGCCGAUUUUGAAUCCCGUCUCUUCGCAAUAAAAGCCAGUCUAAUUUCGAAAUUGCCUUCUGUUCCUGCUAGUCAGAGCCCUCAGCCCUCUCGGUCUUCCUCCACUCUCUCGGGUAUCAAGUUGCCAACAAUUUCUCUUCCGGAAUUCGAUGGUGAUUAUAAGCAGUGGCUUGCUUUUCACGACACUUUCCUAGCGUUGAUACAUUCCAACAGUGAAGUUCCGGAUAUUCAAAAGUUUCAUUACCUGCGUGCCGCUGUAAAGGGAGAAGCUGCUAAAUUGAUCGAAUCGAUUGGAAUUAGCUCUGCCAACUACGCUUUGGCCUGGCAGACAUUAGAAGGGCGUUAUUCCAACGAUUAUUUACUUAAAAAACGGCAUCUGCAGGCACUCUUCGACAUUCCGUGCAUGAAAAAGGAGUCCGCUACAACGUUACAUGGGUUACUAGACGAGUUCGAGCGGUACGUUAAAAUUCUUCAUCAACUGGGCGAGCGAACCGGUUCGUGGGGUACAAUUUUGGAGUAUCUUCUGUGUACCCGCCUGCAUGACAGCACUCUUCGAGAAUGGGAAAACCAUGCCUCGACUGUAGAGAAUCCUGAUUACACUUGCUUAAUCGAUUUCCUCCAAAGAAGGACCAGAGUUUUGGAUUCAAUAUCAGUGAAUCAUAACCACGCUUCCAAUCCUGCUUCUGUUACGCCAGCUAACACAUCAAAGCGACCCUUUCACUCGCAAUAUCGUCUGUCUUCCUACUCUUCUACAGCAAAUUCAGUAGGAUCCAAACCCACAGAAAGAUGUGGUGUUUGCGGUCAACCGCACAUGGCGAUAAAAUGCCCAAAGUUCAACCAGCUUACGUUUGGAGAACGUCAGCAACUCGUUCAAUCCAAGCGACUUUGUCAUAAUUGUUUGAAAACUGGCCACAUGGUUCGCAAUUGUUUAUCCAACUCCAGUUGUCAUAAAUGCAAUCGUCGUCAUCAUACUCUACUGCAUUCUACACAAGGUGACGGAUCACGAAGGACCAUCGAAGCAACUGCUUCAAGUUCUACUCUACCGGAGAAUUCGCAACCUGACGAACUUACUGCAGCAACCGCGUCGGCCCAGUCUUCAGUUCCAGCUACCGAAAAUCUGGCAUCUGGCUCGCGCUUUGUUGGACAGCGCAUCGCAGCCAAAUCUCAUCACAGAUCGAAUGGCUCAAAUUCUUCGCUUAAGAAGGGAUCGUGUUAA